UCUGCUGAAGGUGAAAGCUGAUUGGCUGCAGCCUCCCUGCCCUGACACGUCAUUCAUAGAUCAGAGCUCAACCCAGUUUCUGUUUUCAGGAAGUGAAACUCACACAGUCGCUGUGACUGAGAGCAGAAAUGGAGCAGAAUCAGCCGGACCAAGAAACUCUCUCCUGUUCGAUCUGCCUGGAUCUACUGAAGGAUCCGGUGACGAUUCCCUGCGGACACAGCUACUGUAUGAACUGUAUUAACAGCUUCUGGAAUGAAGGUGAGCAGAAGAAGAACUAUCACUGUCCUCAAUGCAGAGAGAGAUUCACACUGAGGCCUGUUUUAAAGAAAAACACCAUGCUAGCAGCUUUAGUGGAGCAGCUGAAGAAGACUGGAGUCCAAGCUCCUGCUGAUCACCGCUAUGCUGGACCUGAAGAUGUGGCCUGUGAUUUCUGCACUGGAAGAAAACUGAAAGCCAUCAAGUCCUGUUUAGUCUGUCUGGCCUCUUACUGUGAGAAACACCUUCAGCCUCAUUAUGAUGUGGCUCCUUUAAAGAAACACAAGCUGGUGGAGCCUUCCAAGAACCUCCAGGACAACAUCUGCUCUAAGCAUGAUGAGGUGAUGAAGAUGUUCUGCCGCACUGAUCAGAAGUUUAUCUGCUAUCUCUGCUCUGUGGAUGAACAUAAAGGUCAUGACACAGUGUCAGCUGCAGCAGAAAGGACUGAGAGGCAGAGAGAGCUGGAGGAGAGACGAGGAAACAUCCAGCAGAGAAUCCAGGACAGAGAGAAAGAUGUGAAGCUGCUUCAACAGGAGGUGGAGGCCAUCAAUCACUCUGCUGAUAAAACAGUGGAGGACAGUGAGAAGAUCUUCACUGAACUGAUCCGUCUCCUCCAGAAAAGAAGCUCUGAUGUGAAGCAGCAGAUCAGAUCCCAGCAGGAAACUGAAGUGAGUCGAGUCAAAGAUGUUCAGGAGAAGCUGGAGCAGGAGAUCACUGAGCUGAAGAGGAAAGACGCUGAGCUGGAGCAGCUCUCACACACAGAGGAUCACAACCAGUUUCUCCUCAACUACCCCUCACUGCCAGCACUCAGUGAGUCUACACACUCAUCCAGCAUCAACAUCCGUCCUCUGAGACACUUUGAGGACGUGGCAGCAGCUGUGUCAGAGCUCAGAGAGAAACUACAGGACGUCCUGAGAGACUCAUGGACAAACAUCUCACUGAUGGUCACUGAGGUGGAUGUUCUACUGUCAGAACCAGGACCAACGACAAGGGCUGGAUUCUUAAAAUAUUCAUGUGAAAUCACAAUGGAUCCAAACACAGCUCACACAAAGCUGGUUCUGUCAGAGGGAAACAGGAAGGUGACAGCGAUGAAUCAACAUCAGUCUUAUUCUAGUCACCCAGAGAGAUUCACUGAUUGGUUUCAGGUUCUGAGUAAAGAGAGUUUAACUGGACGUUGUUACUGGGAGGUGGAGUGGAGAGGGAACAUACGCGUAUCAGUCGCAUACAAGAAUAUCAGCAGAGCAGGAGGUGGGAAUGACUGUAUAUUUGGAGGCAAUGACAAAUCUUGGGCUUUAUAUUGUAACACUUCUCAAUUUUGUCACAACAACAUCUGGACCUCCGUCUCAGGUCCAGUUUCCUCCAGAGUCGGAGUGUACCUGGAUCACAGAGCAGGUAUUCUGUCCUUCUACAGCGUCUCUGAAUCCAUGACUCUGAUCCACAGAGUCCAGACCAGAUUCACUGAGCCGCUACAUGCUGGAGUUUUAGUUGAGUUGAUAGGAGAUUCUGCAGAGUUCUGUAAACCCAAAUAAAUUUCCUCUCAGUUUUUCUUCUCUUUUGUCCCAAAGUGUUUUAUAAAUCGAGGAAAUAAAGAUGUUAUAAAAUGGUCUUAAAGUUUGACUUGUUUCAUGUUUUAAAGGAACAUUUUCCUCUGAAGUUGUUUCUGUUCUGCUGUUAUUAAACUCUUAACCUGAAAACCUUCAUGAAACCUCAGAUUGUCUGUAAAAACUCUGAAAAGUUUCCUAAUGAAUGAAAACAGAAGAAAAUAAAAGAAAUUCAUUCAAAUCAUCUGAAGUCAAACGAGUCUCUGAGUCGUUUUCAUCACAGGCAGAAACUCUGAUCACUUUCAGGCAACAUAGAGAUAAAACCAGAUAUUUGCUUUUUAAAGAGGGAAAUUAAAUUAUUAAAAUAUUGAGACAAGACAGAAAAUUUUCCAUAAAUUCAUCUGACUGUCAGGAUUCAUUUUUCUUUCUAAUCCCUGAUUUUCUCCCAGAAUCUCACAGAUUUAUAAACUUUGUUUUGUAAAAAAAGACAUUUUAAUAUUCUGUUCACAGUUUGUAUUUUGCAGAAUGAAAACAAUUUUUGCUCUGAUGAAUCACCAGGUUUUAUCCUGGUUUUUCAGGUUCCUGUCAUUUAAAUCCAAGUUUCACAUUUUGCUCCAAUAAAAUCAUUAAAAACAUGUUAUUAUAUCCUGACUUCACUCUGGAAUUACAGCUGUAACAUUUAAUGCAGAUUUCCUCAUUAUAGUCAUUAAAUUAAGAACUCGGCUUCAUUUUUCACACAUUAAAAAGCAAAAGUAAUUGAAGUUGUGUAGCAACACGACCUCGCACUCAUUAAAUUCUGUUUUCUAAUUUUGCAUUAUGAAGAUAAAUAAAUAAUGGUUUCCUUAAUCUAUAAAUAUUGACUGUUUCCUCCAUUCCUGCUCUGUUCUUCUAUUUUUCUCAAUUUCUCCCUUUCUGGCUCGUGUAUUUUUAUAAUUCAUUAUUUCUUCCCUUCUCUUUCUUUCACUAAUAUUUUGAACUAACACCGUCUGUAUUUUAUAUAAACACCUUUCUUAUCUUCAUGCCAACUUUUUUCCAUGUUUCUAUUUUACUUGUAAUUAUUGCAUUACUAGAAACAGAAUAUUAAUUGUUUUGAUCAUAUUAAAAAGCUAGAAAUAAUCUGAUGUAUUAGAGUUUAUGAAAACAAUUAGAAAUUCUUCUUUUCAGUCUUCAGUUUUCAGACGACAGUUUUGUUUGAAGAAUAAAAAUCAAUCCUAACCAAUCAGGCACUUUGUGAAAAACUAAUCACAUAAAUAUAAAAUCAUGAAUUAAAUAUUAUGAGCCACUUUUUACAGUUUCAGUUCCCUCACAAAAACUGAUAAAUGUGAGUUUGUGCGUUUGGUUCUCACUAGGUUUAAUACUUGUGUUAUUUUGGGUUGUUAAUUAUCGUCACUAAUGGCUUCCCAUACCAGUUCUUUCCUCAGUUGUCCGAUUGCCUGUGUUUUGGUUUAGAUUCUUUUUUACGUCCUUCCGGUCAGUUCGUGUUCAUCGGUCACAUUCCUUCAGUUUUCCUGCUCAGGUUUUCCUCCAGCUGUUCUGUGUCCUGAUUGGUCAGACCUGCUGCUCAUGUCAUCAACCUCUCAGCUGCUGCAGAUUCUUCUCUUCCUGUCUGAUGUCCUCCAGCUUCUCCACAUGUUUUAUUUCUUAAACUCACUCUGGUUCAAAUCCACAUCCAUUCUGUCCCAGUUUGAUCUGCUGAGGGUGAAAUGUUGCAUCAACAAGUGCAUCCAGCUCACCAACAGGUUCCCAAAUCACAUCCAUGCAGCCAACUGAAGGUGGCGCUCGAGUGCAACAAAACACGCAGCCAAGCAGAGUCUGGACGGA